AUUAGGUAAAUGAAUCAAGCCCAAGUGAAUCGAAGGCAAGGAUCAUACAAAGUAAAUGUACAAUUAAAAAGAGGAACACUGUAAACCUGUCAAAAUGAUUCUGAAAUUCUAAGACAGAGUAUAGAAGUGAUGAGACCAUAUGUAGACGGAUGAUUUCUAGAUUUGAUAAAUAUAAACAUGUUUGUAAGAUGCUAUAUGAAGUGUAAUUUAUGUUUAUUGAUUAUUUGGUUAUGUUGCCUGGUAACAACUGUCACUUUCCUGGGUGACUUGAAAUUCUUCUUCAACCUCGAAAGUACUAUGGACACAAGUUCUAAUGAACAUGAAGUUAAGAACCCGUCCACGCCUCUUCCAAAAUAUGGCAUGGCAAAAUCUCAAUAUAACAAUUAUGUGUUAAACAAAAAAAUCGGGAUACAGAACAUUUUGGAUCGUAAUCCAAGUAUCGCUGGAAAGAAGCUGUUUGACGAACUGGAUGAAAUCAACAAUGAAGAAAGGUCAAAUUUAUACGAAACGGCUCUAUUGAUGAAAAAGGUAGAGGCCUUCACAGUACCACAAGACACAAUGAAGUGCUAUAACCUAACCACUGGGGAAUUCAGGUUUAGUAAUGUAUGCAGGAAGGUGGAGUUUGGUUGGUUCCAGCCUCUGACAGCCCUCGCCAGUUACCCUGGUAGCGGGAAUACCUGGACUCGUCACCUUAUAGAACAACUAACUGGUGUAUAUACUGGUAGCAUAUAUGAUGCUAAUGCUCUAAAAAGAGGGGGCUUUAUGGGGGAAUCGCGACGGGAUAACUCUGUGAUAGUAAUUAAAACCCAUGAAAGUCCAGCAAAAUCCAAUAUAAGCUUCACAAGGGCAGUACUGAUUAUAAGGAAUCCAUUUGAGGCGAUGAUGUCAGAGUUCAAACGUGAAUAUAUGCAAGAACAUGGACAAAUAGACAGCUUAGCAGCAACAUAUCUUCCUGAUAACCUUUUCACAAAAUACAAAUCACAAUGGGAAUUUUUCUUUUAUGGAAAACAAUGGGCAGCUAAUUACUGGUACAAUUUCUAUGCAACAUAUAUCCAGUUGUUUUUGAAUGGUCGGACAAUAGAAGACCUUCUUGUGAUCAAAUAUGAAGACAUGAAAACAAAUUUGGAAAGGGAACUAAGAAAAUUGGCUAAAUUCUUCAAAAUUGAUGUAUCUGAUAAUGUCGUCAAUUGUGUUGUUUGUAACGCAGAGGGGAAUUUCCACAGGAAACAUUACAAACGCAAACAUGACACUGAAACUGAUCCAUUUGAUGAUGGCAUGAAAGCCCAGCUGAAUAAAUAUAAAGAUGUUAUGGACUGUAUUUUAGAUAAUGGAUUAAAUGAAGAUGGGACAUUCUCAAGAAACAAUCACACAAUUAUGGAACUAUGCUCUUAUAAACAUGAUUUUGCAGGUGCAGCAUUCUAAUCUCCAUUUGUAGUAUUGCACUAGUUUUUGUAACUUAUCCCA